UAAUUGUUAUUUUUUCAUUCAAAAACUAUGUAUUACUCUUCGAUGUUAAAACUUUCUUGUUUAACUAAGAUCAAGUUUGCAUUCUUUGCCAAAUUUGUAGGAAUGUUGGGGUGACUGCUUGGCUUGGCCAAACGGUUUGAAUUUAAAAUUCAAACUUUCAAAUGGCCCGCUAUGACAUGGCGGUUGACAGUCAAUAGGAGGCCGCCACAUCGGAUGUCAAGACCGCCCCACGCCGGCUUGAAACCCAAGCCCACCCGGGGCGGUGGCUUGGGCGUUUUCCCCCAACCCAAGCCCCAUACCCCAUAGUCUUAGUUAGGGUACCGAAAGGUAUCUAAAACCGACAAGAUAUGUUGGAUAUAGUUUUUUUUUUCGGUUGAGUUUUGGCAUAAAGUCGGCCCAUUAAGAGAGUUACCUUGCUGGACAGAAUUUCAUAAAGAUUUAUAGUGGGCUAGCCCAAUCGGCUUUCUAAGUUAUUGCAGCACAACACAACACAAACAAUAAUAAUCAAUCACGUAUUGUUUGGUGGAUUCUUCAAGACAUGAUUUGGGGGUUGUUUAAUAAUCAGCUUAAUUUGUUGAUAAACUCAGAAUCAUACUGGGAAAUCGGGAAAGAGAUCGAUGUGUUAAUAUUCAGGAUUUCUGAUCUUCCACCAGUGUUUGCAAAUAUGUUGUUCAAUGGGUUUAGUGGAGAUCGUUUGGAGGAGUGUAAUCAAGUUUUCUAUGAGUUCCUGGGAGAGGUUAAAAGAUACCACCUAAUUCCACAAGUAAAUGUUAGCAAUUAUCACUUAGGGUGGGUGGUGGCCAAUUUGGACCGUGAUGCAACAGUCGAUUACCUAGCGGGGGAUAUUCUGAAGAUCCAGAAGAUGUUCAACUUACUACACAAGGAGUAUAUGUCAUUCAUCAAAGGAAAAACAAUGCUAGUUAAAGAACCAACUGAGGAGUUAAUGGAUCUUUGUCGUGAUCAUUUUGAAACUAUACACAACUAUGGCAACAAUAUGAUGAUCCUAACCGAGCAAUGCAUGGCAGCGAGGUCUACUAUGGUAAACCUAGAUUCUCUAAACAACAUGCAAAAUUUUGAGGUGUAUUUUGAUUGUUUGGUGGACGUGCGUAAGGAUCUAACCAGUUUGGCUCAGAUGCAAUCAGAGGUUGAAGAAACAAUUUUGGAGUUCCAUGGCGAGUACGAAAAUGCUAUCUGAGGUUGAAGAAACAAUUUUGGAUUUUCAUGCCAAGUACGAAAAUGCAAUCUGAGGUUGAAGAAACAUAAACAUGAAGAUUGUCGUUUUUCCAAAUGUAAUUGGGUAUACAUAUUUUUGAACACCAAUAUCAAACCCUAGCUUUAUAUACACCGUGUAUACCGGUGUAUAAGUAGUACACAAAAAGAAAGCUUUUAAAACGGAUAUACUAUUCUUUUAAAACAGUAGUACAAAAUGUUUCGUUUUAAAAAGUAUAUGGCGUUGUAUAAGAGCUUGCUUGAUGAACACUUGUAAGGCUGGAGGGUGUGGUUGGAGCCCCUUAGGGGCUUCAUCAGGCCACGUCAACGCCACCUAGGAUCCACCUCAGCGACUGAGCCCCCUUUAAUUUGCAUGGUGUGGAUGGAGCCCCCUAUUAAACAAAAUAUAAAAAAAAGAUUUCAUUGAUUUAAAUCAAGUGGGCCCCUCUCUAGCGCCCCUUCUCAAUC